UGACCAUCCCAUUGGCUCGCUUCCUCUGACGUCAAGACGUCUUGUUGUUGGUGAAGGGGCGGGAGCAGGACACCGAGGGGGAGCUACCAACAAGCAGCAGGAGCAUCAGCGAGAGGGAGCGUCCGGAGGAUGCUCGUGUUUCAGCAUGCGGUGACUGAGACUGAUCCCUGAAGGCACAGUGGGUCCGGUAGCUGCAGCAGACCUCUAGCUUAGAUGAAGGAUGAAGAGCCCGGUGCACAGAUGCAGGGACGUGGAGCACGGGCGUGGGCAGGGCAUGGCACAGACCACCUGCCUACAGGCCGAGCAGCGCAUUCCUAUCUCCAAAGACGUCAUCACUUCCUCCUCCGCGUCGGCCAUGUGGUUCAUCAGGGACGCCUGCGGCAUCGUGUGCGCCGUCAUCACCUGGCUGCUGGUGUUUUACGCGGAGUUCGUGGUGCUCUUUGUGAUGCUGCUGCCAUCCAAGAACCUGACGUACAGCAUCGUGAACGGGACCCUGUUCAACAGUCUGGCCUUCCUUGCCCUUGCCUCACACCUCAGGGCCAUGUGCACUGACCCUGGGGCGGUGCCAAAAGGGAAUGCUACAAAGGAAUACAUAGAAAGCCUUCAGCUGAAACCAGGGCAGGUGGUCUACAAAUGUCCCAAGUGCUGCAGCAUCAAGCCUGACCGAGCACACCACUGCAGUGUUUGUAAACGCUGCAUACGGAAGAUGGACCACCACUGCCCCUGGGUCAAUAACUGUGUUGGGGAGAACAACCAAAAGUACUUUGUGCUUUUUACAAUGUACAUUGCACUCAUCUCUCUCCACACUCUGGUCAUGGUGGUCUUCCAUUUCCUCAACUGCUUUGAAGAUGAUUGGACAAAGUGCAGUUCCUUUUCUCCUCCAGCAACAGUCAUCCUCCUCAUACUCCUGUGCUUUGAGGGCCUCCUCUUCCUCAUCUUCACCUCUGUGAUGUUCGGCACCCAAGUCCACUCCAUCUGUACCGACGAGACCGGCAUAGAGCAGUUGAAAAAGGAAGAGAGAAGAUGGGCUAAAAAAACUAAGUGGAUGAACAUGAGGGCGGUAUUUGGACACCCUUUCUCCUUAUUAUGGUUUAGUCCCUUCUCCACCCCUGACCACGGGAAGGCUGAGACCUACCAGUAUGUGGUGUGAGAGCUCAGCGCAGGGAACGAGGUCGGCCGGGGUCAAAACAAAAAAAACAAAAAAAAAAAUGGUGGGAAGCGCCCUGUCCAGCCCCACAGAGCUCAGCUAUGGCAGUCUGCUGCUCCCAAUGCAGAACGACAGUUCCGCUGUGUCUCCCACGCUAGACACGGACAGCUUUCAUCUGCUUUUUGUGUUGCCAACUAAGUGCGCUAUCCGUUUUUUUUAUCUGUGUGUCGCCUCGAGUGAGUGGAGUUGCAGAGAAAAAGAAAACACUUUGAGUUUGUGAAUCCUGUUUGCAGACACUGUGAUGAACCUGUUCUGUUUUUAUUUGAGUUGUUGUAUCAGAAGCUCUCGAUUUUUUUUUUUUUUUUUUCUCGCUCUGUGUUUUUAGUCAUGCUCUCCCUUCAGGGUUAGCUCAGCUCAAUUCCAGAAAAAAAAACACACUUUCUCACUCAUCACUAGUGGUGUCUGGACAGACUUAGUUUUAUGUGUGGAGGUUUUCAGAUAUCCACCCCUGAAACUCACACCAACCAAUACAAUGGAAGAGAAUGGAAUGUAGUUUAUGACACGAAUGAAAUGUUCUCAGAGCCCACAGUGUUGUGUUGAACUUGCUUGUUUUGCUCAACCAACAAAUAUAUUCACCAGAAACAGAAAAACCAAUAAACACUGACAUUUGAUGAGCUGUAAAUGUGAAGUAAUUUUGUGACUUCAUCACUGAAUAAACAAAGCGUUUCAGGACUGUUCUUUUAAAACCUUUCACAGUGACAUCUGUAGAUUACUCAAAGCAACCAGGGCAUUUGCAUUUGUCACAUGAAGCUUCCAUUCACCUCCAUUGUGAUAGAACGAGACCAGGAAAUAAAACUAAAACUAUCUGCAUGUCCACAUACCACUAGAGCUAAGUGUAAAAAUCUGUCUUUUUGUGGUUUGGGUGAAUUGUCAGACAGUAAUCCACGGUUCAAUUCAUGGUUCAGUUUUCAUAUUGGAGCCAUUCUGCAAACAUCCAUUCUAUUACUGAUCCUUUUAAAUGGCACCAAACACAGCACGUCAUCAUUCUUAUUGUGGUUGAUUAUGAUUGUAAACAUAUUUUAAAUAUCCUGUUGGGGAAAAAAGGAGACACAUGGUUUACAAGAUGCACUGAUCCUGUUUUUAUUUGUUUUUGUUUGUUUUUUUCUCCCAGAGAAUCUGAAAUCUGUAAAUCUAAUGUGAUGUUAUUUGAGGUUAAAUUCAGCUGUGAGAUGGCUCAGUAGACUGUAUCUCACCAUAGAAGAAGAAAGGUGAUCCUUUUAAACUGUAUUUGAGCCUCACGGCAGACAGGAAGAGAAAAAAAAAACACUGCAGUUUAGUUGUGUGUGUUUUAAAUGGUUUGAGCUCCAUGUUGCCCAAGUGUGGAACAUUCUCCCCGAUUCCUCUCUGAUACAUGCUCGACAUGAACAAAGCCUUUUAUUUUACCAAAACAAGCCGGGAAGUUUCACUAAAACGCCGGCUUGCUUUGGUCGUGGCAGAUUUUUUUUUUUUCCUUUUUUCGAGUCACUCUCAUGCUCAAUGGAGGAGAUGAAAUGGUUCGAGCCAGAACAAAUGUCAGCCCCUGCUUUGUGUUUCAGCGGGAGAACAUGGCUGUUAGAACGUGGAGUUAACAGGAUGUCAACAAUCACACUGUAACAUUAUGUCAUGCUCCCUUUUUUUUUGAGGAAAGGUUUGGUCGCCCACAGCAACACUAAUACUGCCUGUUCGUGUAUGUGUGUGUGUCAGCUGCUGUGAUCUGAGCUCAUGUGGUGUUUUGAUGUUGUGAGCAUGUGCCAAAUUCAAUGAACUCCACAAUAAACUCGUUUGGGAGAGCUACUAAGUGAAAUUCCUCAAAAAAAGGAACAGCAGCUUGGUUUGAAGCAGAGAACAGGUUACUGAAUGUGGGAGUCAAAGGGAAGCUCUGUAUGAACAUGUAUAACUGCAUACACAGCUCUCUGCACUAUUUCAGAUCACUUCAAAGCAUUUAACAAAGUAUUAACAUUCGUCCUUCACAUGUACUAAAAAGGCUACUCAGCACUUUGUAUUUCUCAUUGAGGUUUUCUUCUGUGCUCUGCUCUGAAGUGUGCAUUUUAUUCUUCUAUUCUUUGUUUACAUGAUAUGGUAUGUAUCUUUUGGUUAUCUGAAUGCACGGUACAGGUGAAGGUGACGUGUGUGAAACUCUGCUGGUAUGAUGGUGAUGAAGUCUCACUGGUGAUGAGAGUGAUGGUGGAGAUGAUUUGUUUUUUACAGAAACUUUAAUUCUUUCUAAAUAUUCUGAAGAUAUUUCAGCACAUGCGCAGAGAAUAAAUACUUCUCAGUUGCGAUGCAGAAACUGUGUUUGUUUGCUUCUUUGAAUGUAUUUACUUUUCCUCUAAAUGUACGGAGGACAAUUAUGUCUGCGCCUCUCAGUUUCUGUUGGGAUAUCGUUUGAAAGGUUUCUACUCUCCCUGCAUAAAGUCCUGUCACACCCUG